ACCCCGUUGCACAUCCCCAUACACCAGCAGAGGAAACUUAUAACCCUGCCAGCCAGGACACUCCCUUCACUGUAGCUCUGGGUUUCAAAGCAGCCGGAGUGCAAGAGGGAAAUUCCUGCCACAAAAGACCUCUUUCUCCAAGACUUCUCUGCAUUUGAGAGACCCCUGCAGUGAAGAGCCAAGAUGUUGGUAUUACUGGCUGGCAUUUUUGUGGUUCACAUUGCCACCAUGGUCAUGCUCUUUGUUUCCACCAUUUCUAAUGUCUGGAUGGCAGGCAAGAUUAGUGAACACCUAACAAACUCCUCAGGGCUCUGGCUACAAUGUGAAGAAGGCAAGAUAUGCACAUAUCUUACUUUUGGAGAAGAUGACCUCUCUGCCCUCAAGGCAGUGCAAGCCUUCAUGAUCCUGGCCAUCAUCUUUUCCUUUAUCUCUCUGGUCAUGUUUGUGGUGCAGCUCUUCACUAUGGAGAAAGGAAAACGCUUCUACAUCACUGGAGUCAUUAUGCUGGUUUGCUGGCUGUUCAUUCUGAUCGCUGCCUCUAUCUACACCGCCCGAUUUCCACAACAAUUCAAAAGUAGUCAAGACCACCAUGGUUACUCCUUCAUACUUGCCUGGAUCUGCUUCUGCUUUAGUUUCAUUGUUGGGGUUCUUUAUCUUGUACUCAGAAAGAAAUGAGGGCCACAAUGAAGAAAUUGGGAGGGCAAAUUGGAAAAAUGGGGGGCUUGUGGGAGGGAUGCAAAGUUGCUUUGCUAUGAGAACUGUUUGCCAAAAGAAAUGAAUCCAUACACUGCUCAUCUAACAUGCCCAAUCACUGAAAAAAAUCAGAGAGAGAGAGAGAGAGAGAGAGAGAGAGAGAGAAGCUGCUACAGACUCUUCAAUCAUGGAACCUAGGACCAGGAAAGUGCUUGAAGAACCUGCCAAAUAGCCAGAUGUGAUCUCCUUUUCCACAAAAUUAUGUCUGUGUCCCAUCUUAAGGAACCUUGAUGUUCUGCCUCGCUCACUACAAAAAAACUAGAAAAGAUACAAGUUCCAGCUUUCUUCCCUAAAUUUUCAGCAGCUAUGAUAUGUUUCCCAAUAGUCUCCAUGGGAGAGAACAUUCCUAUUCGGUUUGGAAGGUGUAGUGAGGUGAGGCUUAAGAACAUUACAUUCACUUAAUUAAAUGAUGAAACAGAUCCCUGGUUCCAUUUUCUUACAAAAAUGAAAGACAUAAAGCCAACGUUAAGCCAAAUUCUAGCAGUAAAACAAAUGCGAGCUUUUUUACAUGUCCACCAUCAUCUUAUUUUCUCCUUUAGAAAAGAAUAGCAUUGCUGCUGCUAUGGAGAUCAGAGGGAAAGCAGCCACAGGGGAUAAAAAGAGGGAUGAAUGUGGGUGGCAGAAAAUGGGAUGGGGAGGAGGCAGGCAGGCAAAGAUCUUAAUUAUCUGGAAUGGAGUUCUUAGUGCUCAGAUGAAUGUCAUUGGAGUAUGACUUUCCAUUAGGUCUCACUGUGUACCUAUUUAAAACAGCUGAAGAUCUUAUGGAGUCCCCAUGAUGCCACCGAAUGGUUAGGUCUGUGAUGUGUGCAUUCAACAGGCACUAAGUUUGAAAUGACUAAUCAGAUCAUUUGAAGCAUUCAGCUUAGGCUCAUGGGAUCUGGCCUCUCACCACCAAAUUGGAUUUUUUACACUUUCUAUAGGCAAUUUUCUCUUGGUUGUUGCACAGGGUAGGGUUGUUUUUAGAAAAGAGUUUUAUAAUAAAAUAUCUUGAAUUGAGACUACAAUGUGUACUUUAGAAAGGCCUGUCAUCAGUUUAGUUGCAUGCUAAUUUUCCAUGGUAAACCAUGUUCAAAGCAGCUCACAAUAUAUCCCACAAGAAAUGUUGCCUAUGGGCUAGAGCAGGGCUCCUGAGUCAGGAUUCUGCUUAGCUGGAUGGAAUUGGACAAGGGCCUUUACUCUGUUGUGCUGGUUUUAAUUUUUUCCCCAUGUCAUCAUCUCAUAUAACACAUCUCCCAUAGGAUGAGAAGAAGCUUAGCUAAUUAAAUGUUGUAAACAGAAGGCCAAGCAGGAAAUGGAAAGAAUUAUUAUGAUGUUGUUACUGUCUACACCAGGAUUUUCAUCCCAUGUAUUCCUGUCAUUUAGAUCAGUUAAAAUAAUGUGUGGAAACUAUGAAUGUCAAGAGGAUGAUGCUCUCUCUGCUUUGCUUCACUCUGGUCAUGUGAAGGGGGGAGACAAAUUCCAGGUUGCAAGUUUAGUAUAAACAGUAUUUUCUUUCCUUUCCUCUUUGUUACAUUCUUUUUACAUGUAUGCUCUUGUAAUUUGGUGGCUAUAUUUUACUAUUGUACUUGCCAUUUCUCAAAGUUUAUAUCAUAUGCAGUCAUUGUAAAUAUUUUGAUACAAGUGUUCCUAACAGUAGGGAUAUAUUAAAAAAAUACAAUCCAGUUCCCUUUAUCAGACACAA